AGCCUUUCAAAAUUUGCUCACUCCCAGUUUCCCCCUGGAAGGAGAAGCAUCUGUGAAGUCAGAAGACAUAAAAGGAAACCGAUUUAAAAACCACGAUGUGUAUAGCUUCAUGCUUUCCAUAACAUAGGAAGGAGAAAGCGAAUGGUAUUCUUCAUUCUACCAGCGGUUUGUGACCUGGUGGGGGAACAUGAGUGGAAGAACAAAGGCGAGAAGGGCUGACAGGUUUUUCAGAGGUCACUCUGAAGAAGCUAGCAGUAGCGCUAUCGGUAAUGUUUUGCUAUCAGAGCACGAAAACCCUGAUGCAAACAGGGGAAUUCAAUCACGGAAGAUUGUCCUAAGUAUAAUACUUUCAUUGACUUUUCUUGUCGUAGGACUUCGAAGUCAUCAGUGGCUUAAAGAAAUAGAGUUUCCUCAAAAAUCCAGACAAGUAUAUGCUAUACUUGCAGAAUAUGGUUCAAGGAUUUAUAAUUAUCAGGCCAAACUUCGUAUGCCUAAGGAACAGCUGGAACUAUUGAAGAAAGAAAGCCAGACUUUGGAAAACAAUUUUCGAGACAUUCUAUUUUUAAUUGAGCAAAUAGAUGUUCUGAAGGCUCUGCUCAGAGACGUGAAGGACGGCGCAUACAAUCAGAGCUGGAGCACCCAUGGAGACCCCGCCAGGCAUCAGGAUUCCACGGAGGCCCUCAAUGAGGAAAUGACAAACUUGGUCAAUUAUGUACUUAAGAAGCUGAGAGAGGACCAAGUCCAGAUGGCUGAUUAUGCCUUGAAGUCGGCUGGAGCCUCCAUCAUUGAAGCUGGGACUUCAGAAAGUUACAAAAAUCAUAAGGCAAAACUGUACUGGCAUGGGAUAGGUUUCCUAAAUUAUGAAAUGCCUCCAGAUAUUAUUCUUCAGCCGGAUGUCUACCCUGGAAAGUGCUGGGCCUUCCCAGGCUCUCAGGGCCAUACCCUAAUCAAGCUUGCCAGGAAGAUUAUACCAACUGCGGUUACCAUGGAGCAUAUCUCAGAAAAGGUGUCUCCCUCAGGAAACAUCUCCAGCGCACCCAAGGAAUUUUCUGUCUAUGGCAUCAUGAAAAAGUGUGAAGGCGAAGAAACUUUCCUAGGUCAAUUUAUAUAUAACAAAACAGGAACCACUGUUCAAACUUUUAAACUCCAGCAUGCAGUUUCUGAAUCUUUAUUAUGUGUGAAACUUAAAAUCCUCAGCAACUGGGGACACCCGGAGUACACAUGUUUAUAUCGAUUCAGGGUCCAUGGCACCCCAAGUGUUCAUAUCUAGACCAGCUGUUACAGAAGGCCCUGACCACACAUCCAGAAUAUUCAAGGACCCUUUUCCCUUGGAUUACACUGCACCCAUAGGAAUCAAAACCAGGGAUUUGGAUAAAAACCUCAAAGUGAUUCAUACUUGCCUAUAAAAAGUGGAUGAAUUUUAAUAAUAAAAAAUAUGGAAGUAGAUUCAA